AUGAGCCACACCGUCCUCCUCCUCGGCGCCACCGGCUUCGUCGGCGGCCAGAUCCUGCACAAGCUCAUCACCUCUCCCCUCUCAGGCCCGGACUCGCCCUCGGUGGGCACCGUCAUCGCCCUCGUCUCUGGCGCAUCAAAGGCGGCCGCAGUGCGAUCCUGGGAAUCCUCGCUCCGCUCCCGGUCCACCAGCACCGUCCUACAGAUCGAGGACGUGGACCGUUCCACCCCGCAACACUGGUACAACGCCGUCGAGCAGUGGAGCGCCAACGUCGACUGCGUCAUCAACGCAGCCACCAGCGACGACCUCGACCUCACAAAGGCCAUCAACGCCGGCAUCAUCAAGGCAAAACACAACGGAAGAAAGGCUACCCUCGUACACCUCAGCGGCGUACAGCUCAUCGAGAGCCAGCCCGUCGGCACCUAUGUAGAGACGCCAAACUACAACGACGCAGACGCCAAACAGAUCCAGAGCAUCGCCGACUCUGCCGCACACCGCCUCAUCGACCUCGAGAUCGCCAAGGCCAUCAGCGCCGGCGCAUUCUGGGGCUCAAUCGUCUGCCCGGCCCUCAUCUGGGGCAUCUCAUCGGGACCGUGCAAGCGCUACUCGGCCAUGGUGCCCGACAUGGUGCGCAAGUCGCUCCACAACAAGCGCGCCACCCACGUCGGCGACGGCACCAACCGCUGGAUCCACGUCCACAUCGACGAGUGCGUCGACCUCAUCCUCGCCCUCGUCGCCGACCACCUCUCCAACCCCUCGGGCGCCGGCCGCGACCACGCCCUGUUUGGCAGCUUCUUUUUCGCCUCGCACCGGGACCUCGUCGACUUCAAGACGAUUGCGCGCGCCAUCGGACGCGUCCUGGCGCGCCGCGGUAUCGUCGAGACCGACGAGCCCAUCAGCGUGCCCGCGCCGCCGUUUGACGCACAGCAAAAGGGCGUGCGCAUCGAAGACGGCCAGAGGAGCCAGGAAGACCAAGAGACCGACCGAAAGACGCCCAUCUGGCCGUGCAGGACAAACUGCCGCUGCAUCGCCAGCCGCGGACCCGCCGAGCUGGGCUGGAAGUGCACCCGCGCCUACGACGACGCCGCCAUCGAGCAAGACGUCGAGGGCGCCCUCGACCUCAUCCUCGCCGAGUCGUCAACGUGA